AUGUCAACGACCUUCUCUUCUCACCAUCAACUACUAUCAGAUCAGCAUGUUCUGAAAUCGCCUUGGAAAUGCCCUGAUCAUCUACUGCAUUGUACUCUUAUGAAGUUCAUAAUUGCAGUACAUAUGUUGUCAAGUGAACCAUACUAGCGCUUGGUCUUUCCAUAAACGAAUGAAGUCCUUAGUAGGAGCUAGUCUCUCCCUGUAAUGCGGUAACUUAUAACAAGAAGCAUGAAUGAAAUGGCAGUGCUGCAAACGUAAAACAUGCAGCCAACCCUCAUAUAACCCUGGGCCUGGACGGCUCAACAUCUCCGUUUAUUUCUUCUUUUCUCGAGUGCUUUUCUGUGUUAUGUCGCCUUUGCAAUUUUUCUCCCUUUAUUUUUUGGCUAUCCUGAACAUCGCAAAUGGGGUUCACCUCGAACUGCGUGGUGGAAUUUCUAGGUCCAAGCAUCAUAGAAGGACAAGCAUCACUGGCCUCCAAAGCACUCUGGAAGAUAACCAGAAUAUCCAGUACAUGACAAACAUCACCUUGAAUGGACAGUUGUUCGGUGUUUUGGUCGAUACCGGCAGCUCAGAUCUCUUUGUAACCUCUCAGGCUCCUGGUGCUGUUGACGAGCACUUCCAGGCUGAAAUUGGCUAUGCCUCUGGAGGUGCUGCUGGGGAAGUCUUUUCAGCCACGAUGGAGUUCGCCGGGUAUCAGAUUGACGCACAAUAUUUCAUAUAUGCAAACUCGACGGGUGGAUUUACGCAAACUCUUGAUGGGCUUAUGGGGCUUGGGCCAUACACGGGCUCUGUGAUUAGAUACGUCGGUGGAACAGCGGCCGCAGACCCUCCUCUCGAUCGAAUCUUCCGCUCUGACGACGCCAUAUCGAACUUUAUCGCUAUUCUUCUCGACCGCUCUGACGACCCCGAUGAACCUUAUCCAGGCGACCUCACCAUCGGAGAAGUCUUGUCUGGAUAUGAAGAUAUUCAGACACAACCUCAACACCCAGUUACGUCGGGCAUGGUCCCUGGGAACCAGCAUUGGAUGACAUUACUUGACGAGAAUGGGAUCAUCGGUCCAGAUGGCAAACCUAUUACCAUCAAGUCCCAGGUCACAAACACAUCUUAUCCCAAUAACGCAACUGUCGUCUUUGACACAGGUUUCACGUUUCCACAAGUUCCUUCGUACGUUGCCGAGGCGCUCUACGGGAACGUUCCCGGUGCCUCUUUAACGUAUAUGGCGGGUGUAGGAGACAUCUGGGCAUUACCCUGCGAUCAAGAACUUAAUGCCACGUUUUUGUUUGCUGGAAUCAAAUUUCCUAUCCACCCGCUUGAUCUCAGCUUUGAUGUGGGCAACAACCAGUGUGUUGGAGCUUUCCAACCAUUCUCGUACGAUGAUACAGUAGAUGGCAUGGUGACGUACGAUAUGGUCCUCGGCAUGGCCUUUUUGCGCAAUGCAUAUCUCCUGAUUGAUUUCGGCUCCUUUGUCGAUGGGGCACCUCCUGGCACCAAUGCCCCAUACAUACAAUUGUUGCCAAUCACUAAUGCUAGUGAUGCCUCUGUGGAUUUUGCACAAGUACGCUUGGGUAACGGCUCAAGUGUCGAUGAACUCACGGCGCUGACUUCACAUUCUUCCACGACCAAAACUACGACCACCACGACUACCACGACCACCACAUCAAACACCAAGCUGCCACUAUGGGCGAUUGGUGUUAUUUUCGGCGUUGUUAUUUUGGUUUUGCUUCUGGGCAUCUGCCCUGCAUGGGUUCCUUACGCACCCCAGAGCUACCGUCCGUUGUACGACCCCUCGCCGCAGGCAGCGUAUGAUAUGCAUUUGGCGUCUAACGCGAACCCAGCUCGCGCUCCUGAAUACAAAAGUGCAUGGGAUGCACACUACUGA